CAGCCCAUUUCGUUGGUGGCCAAUUAGGCUGAGGCUCUGUGACAGGCGACUCAACUGUCUCUUUCACUCUCUCCCUCCUUCUCUCCUGGGGCUCCCUAGCCUCUUUAUUUUCACAGGGAACAGCUGAAAUGUCGAAAAGCAAGGGUAAAGGUGAAUUGCCGGUCCACAAGGUGAUCAUGGUUGGGCCUGGAGGCGUAGGAAAAUCUGCUCUGACUUUGCAAUUCAUGUACUCAGAGUUUGUUGAGAACUAUGAGCCAACAAAAGCAGACAAUUAUCGCAAGAAAGCGACAGUCUCCGGGCAAGAAUGCCAGAUAGACAUACUUGAUACUGCUGGGCAAGAAGACUAUGCUGUCAUACGUGACAAUUACUUCAGAACCGGAGAGGGCUUCAUCUGCGUUUUCUCUGUCACAGAGCGAGAGACUUUUGAGGGCAUGAAGGACUUUCGGGAGCAAAUCCUCAGAGUCAAAGUUGACGAUAAAGUCCCAAUGAUACUCGUUGGUAACAAGAUCGAUCUCCAAGAUCAAAGGGUAGUGAGCUUUGAUGAAGCAAAAGCCCUCGCACAUUCGUGGGGCGUUCCUUACGAAGAAACAUCAGCCAAGACGAAGCUAAACGUCGAAAAGGUUUAUUACGAUUUAGUUCUUGUCAUAAAGGAAAAGAAAGACUCUGUCAACGGGGCGAAUCAAAAGAAGAAAAAGAAGAAGUCAAAGUGUGUUAUCUUGUAGGACAAUUCUUUCCAGCAUCCUCCCGCCACCUCUCUCUCUCUCUUUCCUUCUUGCUAACUCGCUCUCAUCAUCUUACUAUUAAUAGCUGUUAAUCAAUAGACUAUGAAGCCAGUAAUUAUUAUUAUUAGUAAUUUUAUUAGCUUAUUCAGUGGAUGUUCUCUACUUUAGUUUAAUUAUGUAAAUGUGUUUAUGUUCCAACUGUUGUGUGUGUAUUUUGUUAUAAUAUGAGUGUAUCUGGCAAGCAUGGAGAUUUAUAGUGUGCUAUUUCAAUUAUUCAUGUAAUAAAUUACUCAUCAUGUUCUUAAACUGUAA